GCCAUGAAAAAUUUUCUUUUGGCUUUUGUCCUCUUGGCGUCAGUUUCCUCAUUUGCUUCUGCUUUCGAUCCCGCUCCUCUUCAGGACUUCUGUGUAGCCAUUGAUGACCCCUUGCACGGUGUGUUUGUGAAUGGGAAGUUCUGCCAGGACCCUAAUCUUGCGAAGGCUGAGAACUUCUCCUUUUCAGUUAAAAUGCCUGGAAACACAAACAAUUCAGUUGGUUCAAAUGUCACAGCUGUAACUGUAGAUCAAAUUCCAGGACUUAACACUCUUGGCAUAUCAGCUGCUCGCAUUGACUUUGCACCUUAUGGCGAAAACCCACCUCACACUCAUCCUCGUGCCACUGAGAUUCUUGUAGUCUUAGAGGGCACUCUUCUUGUUGGGUUCAUCACUUCCGAUCCCAACCGCACACUUAUCACCAACGUUCUUAACAAGGGUGAUGUGUUUGUCUUCCCCGUAGGUCUCAUUCACUUUCAAGUCAAUAUUGGAAAAACAAAUGCUAUUGCCUUUUCUGGUUUGAAUAGCCAAAACCCUGGUGUCAUCACAAUUGCGAAUGCAACGUUUGGAUCAAAUCCUCCCAUUAAUCCAAGUUUUCUCUCCAAGGCCUUCAUGUUAGACGCAAAAGUGGUGAAAGAUCUCCAAACAAAAUUCUAG